GUUCAAUGUUACCAUGACAACAACAAGCACUAGAGGGCUGAAUACUUCUAAUCGCUUCCAGAGUUCCUGAAAUCGACAAGCUGUCAUGUCUGACUUGUUUAAAGACAAGUCCCAGAGGAGAGAGAAGAGGACAGGCAAAGUGUCCUCAGAGGGAGGACAUGGCGCCAGAGGCAAGGAGACCACAGGCAGGACCAAGGACUCUAUAAGCACUGUGUCGAACAUUGAUGAACUAGCACACCAUGAUGACAACGCUCGGAUGGUAGUAACAACGGAGAACACCUACCAGCUGGGACCAACCAAACGCAUGCCAGUCCCUGCUGUCACAGACAUACUGAAGGACGUACUCACCAGUUACCUCCAGGACGAGAAAUACGAAGUAGAAUGGUCUCAGAAAAUGACAAAAACAAUAUGCGAGGUGAUCAGAGCCCGGGUGAAGGAACUAAUGAUCCCCCGAUAUAAGAUCGUAGUCCUGGUCCACAUCGGCCAGCUCGCGGGGCAGAGUAUGCAGAUCAGCAGCCGCUGUCUGUGGGAUGCGGCUAAUGACACCUUUGCCUCCUUCUCCUUCAAAAACAGCUCUCUGUACGGCGUGGCCACUGUCUAUGCUGUUUACUAUGAGUAAACCAUACACACACUGACUGAUAAUAACACUCUCUUUAGAUUCCCACAAAAUAUUUCUGCCGUUAAAGAGUAUAUUUUGCUAUGUAUCAAAUGAUAAACAAGAAUUUGUACGCAAAAUCAUGUUGUUUUUUAUUAUUGGCAGCAUUGAGAGUGAAAUUACAUUAUGUUCUGAACAUUGUAUUUAAAUUCAUGGAUGAUUUGGGGGAUGUUCUCCCCUAGCAGAGCAUGGAUAGGUCACUCUUUCGACAGCCUACUUGGCAGCACACUGUUAUUAACGCCUGGUUUAGGUCCCUCCACUGACGGUCAAUGUCUGUCCUCUUCAGUUCUGGCUCUCUGUGACCUGCAAAGAGACAUAAACCAAUCUGUAAUUUAUAUAAAAUUAAAUCCCAACGCUACAAAGACAAAUAUAAGUGACUGUGAACUCACCAUCUUGCAAAGUCUCCUCUUCCCCCAUCACUCUUCUCCACCUGGAUCCUCCGCAGGUGUACACCACAGCCCGCAUUAACGCCCGGCCACACAGCCUCAGUGUGUUUGUGUUGUCCUGUGUCUGAACAUGCGCUACACUCAACGUGCACAGCAGCAACGCAAGCAGGAGUAGAGACCUCAUGUUGUUUAUUCUUUAAAAAGCUUGAACCAGAUCAACCCUUUUAUAUAGAGUCUCCUGUGAUAUCACAAGUCCUCUUAUCUCUGGUUUCUAUCAUGUGCUUUAACAACGGAUGUCAACCUGGUCAUUUAGGGAUAUGUGUGGGAAUCUAAGCCAUUGUCACUGAUUGUAGAUGUUUUCUUAAAUGUUAAAGAGAAGGAAUUGCUUUUUUAUGUCCCUUUUUAUUGCCAGGGAUUAAGCAAAGUGUUUCCUAAUGGAUGGCGUGAGAUAUCCAUCCCAGAACAAACUGAGGUGAUGGCUCUCUACAUAGCAACAUAGUGGAGAGUGGGCCGCUAUCAUGGACAUAAAUCAGUGAUUCAUGGAAGCGACCUUUGCAUUAGCUGUAGAUUUGUUGUCAAAUUGAACUGUGUCAUGGAAUCAAUAUUACCUUAAAAUAGUGUUUACCUGCCCAUUUUUAAAUAGCAAUGGUGUGGCUAAACAUAUAACCAAAAUACAAAUAUGCAGUUUGUUUUAUAAAUGUGUGAUGAAUUCACUUUUUCGAUGUUUUACAAAUGUUUUUAUUGGCAUUUCCUUUUUUCCAGCAAAAGACAUUACACAAAUGUACAACCCCUCAAAGAACAAGAUUACAACAUAAAGAAAUACAACAGAAAGUUA